CGCACUUCUUAUGUGGUAGAUGUACCCGAGGCUUAAGUCAGCAAAUCCUAUUUUUUUUUUAAUAUUUUAUGCAGUUAUUUAUGCAAUUAAUAUUGCAGUCACGAUCGAAAUAUCUUUCAGGCUGGUGCAACAAGAUAUCGGGCCAAUGACUCCAAUGGUCGACAGUCGUAACUCUACCAUUUUGCUGUCCCUACGCUACAUUAAAAACAACCAAACACUUUCGUGUCUUGUUGACGUGUCCCUGGCUGUGCGCCGACGAGGUGCAGAGCGAAAUGUUACGAUGGCCCAUCCGGUAGUGAAAUUUGCUGAAAUUCUAGCACUUAUUUUCCUUUUUGCUAGCGUCCUAUCUAUCAUUUGGGCGAAGGAUUUGCCGAAGACAGUGAAAUGCCUGGAUAAACUUUGUGAAGGUUCUCAGGGCGAGACCAUUGCUCCACAUGCAGUGCCAAGCGACCACGAUCUGAAGUUAAGUUUUGAAGAAAGCGAUCACCUACAAAUUCUUGGCAACGCUGAUAAGUAUUAUCUUGCAAAAGAUUUGAAAACAGGAAAGGUCGGCCUCGUGUCAAAGACGUUCGUCAAAAAAUUUGACGAAAGCCCACAUGCCACUAUCGAGGUCGAUCUAUCUUCGCUAUUGGCAGAGCGGCAAAACGUGGCAUCAGCUCUCCAACCCUCCCCGACCAGCGAUAGACUAUGCGUUGUAGAUGGAACCACUUUAGACGGCGACGUAUGCAAGGACCCGGUGAGCACCCAGUAUACGGUUACGGUAAGACCAAAUGCGCGUGUCGCGGAAAACGACGAUGGUUUAAAGGAAGAUGAAAGGCCUCAUGAGGCGUCGUCGUCGUUUAAACCAACUCCCGGCAUAGAGGACCUACCGGCUAGUAGUGCGCCAUCAGCGGAAAGCAACAGCUUCAGUCGAAAUAUUUUUCAAAAGGUGUAUCAGGAAUUUAUCGCCCCGUUCGGGCAGGAGAUAGAGCUUUCAGAAGUGGACUGUGGCGCGGAGUGUUUACUCAACACGGGUGCAAUCGCGCAGGACCUCGAUGGCAAGAGUGCUGGGUCCGCACCGAAGACUUCAUAUAAUUUGCCUAGUAAUGCUGUACAAACUAAGGCCACUGGUACAACCAGCAAAGGUAUUUCCGUCGAUGAGACUCGGAUUGCCAAUCGGCUAGAAACCAACAUUUCCAGUUACAACAUAGUAAAUGACGAAGUGAACGUCAACGCAUCGAUUGCUGCAGCUGCUGCUUCAGUUAGCCCAGAGACAGAGAAUUCCGACGAAGGAAAAUCCCCGAAGCUUUCCACCGGCGGUGAAGGCUCGGAAAACUUUGCCAGCGAUCAGGCGAUCAGACCCGAAGCGAAAAAAGUCGAGAAAACGGCUGAUACCGAUAACAGUUCUGUGACAGCGGACCAGCCUCUUAAACCUGACUUCAAUGGAGAAAAAGCUGAGAAUCCAGCGCAGAAUGUAGUGACUGGCCCUUUGCUGGCGACAGCACCGGAGAAACUCAUCCCUCAAACCCAAGAUAUAUCUGCAGUGAUGCCGGAUCCUGAUGCUUCUGUUGAAAAUGCAAAGCCGGGUAGUAAACGUAAUGCUGCCACUGAAGGGGUAGUGUGGUCAGACAGUAACGUCUUAUCACAGCCUGGCAAUAGUCAAACAGGUUUUUCUGAAGAAGUCUUGACUCCGCAACUUGAAAAAAACUCAGACGGUUCAAAUAUAAGCAUUGCUGACCCGGCUGAGCAUACUGUUCAAAGCGCUGGAGAUGGCGAUCGACAGGGUGCCAAAACAGUGAGCGCUAAGGUAGAUAUAGCUGAGGCCAUCAUUGAAGCCUUCCCGAGUGCAGAUGAAGCUCAAAGGAAGCCUAGUGAACCACUACUGACUAGCAAGGAUCCUGAUCUAGCUUUUAGCAACCAGGCGGCAGUAGAAACCCAACAUCAAAUAAAGGUGGCCUCUAGUUCUCCGCGUGAAAUUACUCAGUCUCAAAAGACACCGAAACUUGAACCCGUCGUGAAUGUUAAAGGAUCGGCACCAAACAAACUUCAACCAAAGGUCGUGGUUGGACAGACGCAUAUAAAUCCGACGAAAGUGAAUAAUUUUAAACCCCCUCGUACGCGGACUACACAUGGUCAUUUUCACCGAAGUCACUUGCAUUCUCACGGAGGUCAUGAGCAUUUUCACAGUGGACUUGGUCAUUCUCAUAAUGGCCAUGAACACUCUUAUGAUACACAUGGACACGGAAAUUCGCACGAAGUGGGAAACGAGCAUUCACCUCCAAGGCAAAGCGAGACUUUACUAUUACAGGAUCCAUUCAAAGGACAUUCGUAUAUUGAGGAGAAGCCAGACACGUUCCCAGCACUUACAGAAACCAAAACAUAUAGUAAGGUAGUUCAACCAGGGAUAGUUGGUGAGACCCCUUCUGAAAGUAACAUCCACCCUGACUCUGGCAGUGGCUUAGCCGUCAACGCCGUAGCAAACGACAAGCCCGCUCCGGUUAGUGACAACGGACAACGUCAACAGAACCCUGUGGGGGAACCCUCGGAGUAUACCGUGAACACUUUGGAGCAGACUUGUGAACGUAAGGAUGGCGUUAGUUGCGACGGAGGGCCUGCGGUACCGUUGGGACAGGAGAAACAUGUCAAGCUUCAGUCAGCAGAAGAUGAAGCCACGAAGUCGGCUAGGGCUAAGAAAAGAAGGCGACAAGAUGACACAUUAGACUCGGCGAUUCGAGAGUAUGUGGGACUUGUGUUGUCGGUGAUUCCAGAUCCAUUGCACAGAUUACUUUGGGACCUUGAGGAGCAAGGUGUGUCAACCCACGUCGUCGUAUUGACGUUCCUGUGUGGUCUGGUUGGUUCUUUUCUAUUAAUUUUCUUUAACUGCAUCUCGAUGAACUCUAAAGAAGGUACCCUUUCCGACUACAUAGCCCGAUUGGAGCAACAGUUGUUUGCACUCAAAAAGGAACGUGAGAUCCUGCUCGAGACCAAGGACACUGGCCAUGGCCUCGUUGUCGGGACCACUGGCGGAGAUCAGGCGUUACCUAACGAGCUGAUCGAGCACCAUGAGAGGGAGCUUGAAAUGAUACUAGCUCGAGCCAAUAACGUUGAGCAGGAAGUUCAACAGCUGCAAGAGCAAAUCGAACAAGUUAAGGCCGAGCGAGACGCAUACAGUGAUGACGUUAAUGAAAAGUUACAGGAGUAUGAGAAGGAACUCUCCGAACUGCGUUUUGACGUCGAAACGAGCCGAAGAGAAGUUGAGCGUAAGGAUAGGGAGCUUCAGGUUAAAAAUGGUACCCUCAGCGAGUUGCAAGCCAGCAACGCUGAGCUCCUCGAGGAAGCAAAGAUAUGGGAUGAGAGGGUGAAUGAAUUGACAUCUCGCGAAGAAAUUAAUUUGGCAGAAAUGUCCAAAUUACAACAGUUGCUGGAGGAGAAAUGCGCCGAGGUAGAAGCUCUUGAGGAAAGCCUUAAGAGUAUGAAUAUCUUUGAGAAAGCACAGGAAGCUUUCAGUGAUGGUGACGAAAAGGAAAUUAUGAAACGCUUAGUCGAUGUGCAGAGGGCACAAAAACAAAGUGAGGAGCUAAUGUCGAUGAACACUACUCUUCAGAGCGAACUCACCGAAGCAAAAAAGCAGUGUGAUCGAUGGCGAACUGAGGUGGACCAACUGAAGGAAUGUUUGCAACAGGCUGAAAAAGAUAAACGGGAUUCUGAGCAGAAACUAACAGUACUUACUGAGUAUUUCAAGGAUAAGGAACUCAAACUGCAGCGAGAUGUGGUCAUGCACGAAACUUUGCGCCAACAGAAAGAAAGUGACGCUCUUACUGUCUCCGAACAGCUGGAUCUUUACCGCGAGCAGACCGCCAAUCUGCAAGCGGAGGUGGCAUCGAUGAAAGAAGAAAUUGAAGUGUCUGAGAGAAGAUACAAGCGCCAUUUGAUGGAACAAGAGAAAAAAACGCAUGAAAACUGGAUGGCAUUCAAAAACGCGAACAAGACCAUUGAAGACUUAAAUGCUGAGACGCAGGUUUUGCGUCAGCAAAUUAUCGCAGCAGAGGCAGCUCAACGAACUUUAACUCAGGCCGCAGCUUUGCCCCAGGACCGCCCUCGGCCACCGCCCCCGCUUCCUUUGCCAAAAGGAGCUCAGAUUCCACUUCUGCCAUUACCGCUGCUUAACGGCCUCAAAGCAAGCGAAAUGCCGUCACCCCCUUCGGCUCGCUAUACGAACGGGGCAAGAUGUACACCUCCUGUAGGGGUGGUCCCUCUUCCGACAGUACUGUACCAGACGAAAUCCAGCUCGUCGCGGCAUAGUUCAGAGAGAAAAGACCAUCAGAGUCAUCGACGUCGCGAAGACGACCACGAAGAAGGUCGAAGUGAGCGGAAGUCGAGGGGCGACAAGGCCAUUGACCGGAGCGAGCCGCACCGCGAUCGCAACCGCAAUCGCGAAACAGCUGAAAGGAGACGAGAACGAAAAGAGCAGCAAAUGCUUCUUGAAAGGGAGAAAGCUUCGCCAGCUAAUUCAGCGAGCAUCACGAGUGGCGAACAGCAGCAACAGUCGCGACGAGGGGCAAACAAGGCGUCCGAACUCGACCGUGAUCCAUCGACUCCUUCUGUUGUCGGUAUUGCCGACAGCAGUGGAAUAUGCGGUGGCAGUACUGUUAAGGAGAACGGUAGCGCCAGCAAUGGACGAUCAGUACACUCUGGGGGCUCGAAGGGAGGAGUCAUCAGUCCGGAACUUCGGAGAACAUUCGCACACAGGCGGAGUGACAGAACUGACCGCGGCCGCGCUGAUUGUUAUGAUCGGAAUGAGCGUAAUCAAGGUGACCUGGGAGAUCGGCCCAAUCGAGACUACGGGGAAAGAUCCCCACGAGACAACCCCCGACGGUAGAGAUUACUCCAUGCUGGAGACUACGGCCGGCAUUAACUGCUCAAAGAAACGACUAUAAACGUGGUAAAAACAAAAGGACGCAAAGAAAUCGUUAGAAAUCUUGGAAGAAGUCCAAGGAUGAUGCUUUGCAUGGCAACUUCAUAGAACACGAAGACUGACAAACAGAAUAUGACAAAUGACCGCAAGAAGGAAACUUAGGACUAUUGUCCACCUCGGACUGUUUUGUCGAUCGAGUGUCUAUUGAAAAUUACAGUGAACUGAAGCUAGGCGGAACGUAAAAAACUGAACCCGUUCCUAUCGAAUGCAAAUCUGUCGUUAAAUAUAAAAAAAAAAAGAUGCCAUCCUGUAAAUGUAAACGGGAAGUGCGCAAGAUGACAAAAUAGACAAAAAAAAAAGCUCUAUGUGGACAUGCUUAGAAUGGCCGUGAUAAUCGACCGCAGAAUCGAAGGAAGGACCCUUCGGCAUCGACGGUUGUCCGAUGAGUCGUCAUCGGAAUUCGCUUCCCCAUACAGUUUCAAAUAUUAAGAAGACGUGCUGUACAACGAUGCUAACUAGACAUAAAUGCGCACAUAGGUUCUCAUGAGUCCCCUAAUGUGAACGCUAAUGGAAGCACCAUAGAGGCGUUGUUUACAAGUAAGAGUGUAGAGCGCCUUGCUGAGUGCAUUUAAUACCAUCGUAAAACAGUACUUUCAUCGAAAGUGACCAUUUGAUUCUUUGCUGUAUUAUAUGCUUAGAUAAUGACAUAGCGAAAAACUAGGAAAACGAAAGAUUCUUAACAGCGUUAGCCCGUGGGUAUACCUUGAAGCGCGAGCAAAGAUUAGGUGAUUUACCUUAUUUUAGUUACAGAAGAAUAUUACGUUCACACUAUCAAGUGUCUCUUAAAUAGUCAUAAUCCGUUGUAGUGGGUCUUUUACAACGUUCCGUAUAUUUUGCAUAAAAUGUGUAAUUUUUUUCACCUUGAGUUCCGUUCCUUUCGAUUCUUCUGCGAUUUUUUUUUCAGAAAGGAUUCGAGACCUUUUGUUAUUUGCAAAAGUACAUGAUACGAAGCUAAUGGCGUUGAAGAACAAAAUAUAUUUACUAGGUUACCUUGUUAUAAAGACUAAAUAAAUAGCUAUUAAGUGAGCUAGCUCUGUUAUUAGUAAAGCUCGUCUUCCUCUAUUCUAUACCUCGUCUCGGAUACUAACAUGUUAGUGAAGAAACUGCGUUUUGGGGCAAUAGUUUUUUUUACUUUUUUUAAUCAUUCCAGCGCUGCUGGAAACUCGCUGUUAACAGAAUGAUAAAGUAUGUAAAUUAAAGUGGCAAUGAGUUUUGCAAUAUAUAAAGCGAGGUGACGGUGGCAAUGAGAUGCAAAUUACAAAUAUUUAUAUACACAAGGAGCACGACAGACGUACUCCGCGGCGACGAUUUUAUAGUAUAGGGGAUACGUAGCGAAAAAUUUUCAGAGGAGUGAGACUGGAAAUUAAGAACAGUAAAUGUAAAAUAAAUCAGUGUAUUUUUUGUUGAAGAAA